AUGUCUACUGGAAGAACCUUUACCCUCAAUACUGGCGACAAGAUCCCAGCACUCGGACUCGGCACCUGGCUUUCUGAGCCGAACCAAGUUGAAGAGGCUGUCUACCACGCGCUUAAGACCGGAUAUCGUCAUAUUGAUGCUGCUAAGAUCUACGGAAACGAGACGGAGGUCGGCGCUGGGAUCAAACGCGCUGGAGGUCCAAGAGAGGAGAUAUGGGUAACCAGCAAGCUGUGGAACACGGAUCACAAGCCUGAGGAUGUUCCCAAGGCCUUGGACAAGACGCUGGCGGAUCUAGGGCUGGAGUACUUGGACCUUUACCUGAUGCAUUACCCAUGCGCAAACGAUGCAGACUUCAAGCCCAUUCCUAUCGACUUCUGCGAUACGUGGAAGGCAAUGGAGGAGUGCAAGAAGUCGGGGAAGGUAAAGAAUAUCGGUAUCUCCAACUUUGCCAAAUGGGAGCUCGAGAAGCUCUUGGGAUCAUGCCAGAUCGUCCCGGCAGUUCACCAGUUCGAAUUGCACCCAUAUUUGAAACAGGAGUCGUUCGUUGAGUUCAAUAAGAGCAAGGGUAUCCACGUCACUGCAUACUCGCCCUUCGGUAACCAGAACCCGACAUACUCCACCGGAGAGAAGAAGGUCCUUGAGACCGACGAGGUUCUUACUGUCGCUAAGAAGACCGGAUAUACCCCAGCUCAGGUGUUGACAUCUUGGGCGAUUGCCCGUGGUACUUCUGUUGUGCCAAAGAGUGUCACGCCAAAGCGUGUCGAGGAGAACUUCAUCGACUUUGAGAUGUCGGAGGAGGACGUGAAGCUUAUUAACUCCAUCACCACGCAGAAGCGGUAUGCUGACUUCUCUGAGGCGACUGGAUACAAGUAUUAUUCGGAUCUGGAUCAUUAA